AUGGCAUAUAUCAAUGGUUAUGCCUAUCUUGUUGGGUUAACUGCUGUGGUAAUUACCUUGGCUUGGACAUCGGCCACAUUUAUCUUUCAAAUUGCAAACACGUUGAAUAUUACACAAAUUUCAUCUCAAGGCGCCAAUGUGGGUUUAUAUAUUGGACUGAUUAUUGGAGCAACACUUUACAAUUUAUUGGGUCUGAAAUAUAGUGCCUAUUUGAACAAGUUUAUGGUGGGUUGGGUUCUUCUUGGUACACUUAUUAUUAUCAUUGCUAUUCCUGCUAUGGCACCAACUCAUAACUCUGCUACUUGGGUUUUCACUGAAUUUACAAAUAAUACGGGUUAUUCCAAUAAGGGUAUUGUCUUUUUCGUUGGCAUGUUACAAAGUGGAUGGGCAUUGGUUGGUUACGAAACAGGUGCGCAAAUUGUGGAAGGAACAAAAAAUGCAGCAGUUACAGCCCCCCGUGGUAUUAUUAUUUGUGUAGUAGGCGCUAUUGUUCAAGGUUUCGGUUUGAUUCUUUCGACUUUGUUCUCAAUUCAAGACGUCGAUGAGCUUUUGGGCUCUGACAUGCCUGUAGCCACUUUCUUUUUACGCGCCACCAAAAGCCCCGCUGUCACCGCUUUCUUCUUGGUGAUUUUGCUCAUCACUCAAAUUGGCUCCUUGUGUAAUUCUGUCUUGGCAACCGCUCAUUUUGCUUGGUCCAUGUCUCGUGAUGGAUGUCUUCCUUUCAGUGGAUUUCUUUACAAGUUGCGUGGUGAGAACCAUAUUGCCGCCAACAGUUUGUUUGCACAAAUGGUAGUCUGCAUCGUUAUUAUCUUGCCCUCAUUUGCAUCAGCAGUGUAUUGGCAGGCUAUUAUGAGUGCAGCAGUGAUUUCAAUUAAUGUUUCAUAUGCACUUCCAUUAUUGUGUCGAGUGAUCUGGUCUCGUCAUACGAUGCCCAAGGGACCCUUCAGUCUUGGUAAAUUCGGUAUUCCACUCAACAUCAUUAGUAUCAUUUGGGCCAGUUUCUUUGGCGUGAUCCUUUGUAUUCCAUCUGUUUCACCUGUAGCACCCGAAACCAUGAAUUGGGCUUCCCUCAUGAUUGGCGCAGUCAUGAUCUUUUCUGUGUUCUUUUGGUUUAUUUCUGGUCGUCGUAAGUUUGCUGGUCAUAUCCAAACGACGGAUAAUGAAGUGACAAAAGAAUAA